AUGUCGACCGCCGUCUCGAGAAAACGAAAGUCGCAUGAGCCAAGCAACCAUUAUGAUGAAGCCCUUACUCCCACGAGGAGCCCAUCGAAGAAGAGGCUCAGGAUCACCCAGAAGCAGAAACAGGCCCUGAUGGACAACCUGCAGCUAGAAAUUACUGAGCGAGCGCGAAAACUACGCGCACACUACGCCCUCCAGGCGCAAGAUUUACGAGCGAGAAUUGAACGGCGUAUUAAUCGAAUCCCCGUGGCGCUUCGUAAACAAAACUUGGGCGAACUGCUAGCCAAGUAUUCGGAAGCUGCCAAAGAGACAUCGGACAACAGGUCUCCAUUCAAGAAACCGAGCUUGCCCUCUAAAUCUGCAAAGACGGUGCGCCCUGUAACGCAAGCACCAGCAAACUCUGCCGCAGCGCAGCGUACUGGAGCCUCACGACAAAGUCAUGGCUCAUCUGAUAAGGAAAAUGCCGGAUACCCUGAUCUUUCAAAUCAUCCCCUCACAAAUCCAAAGCAGCGGGGCAGGCCAACCAUGCCAGCUUCUUCAUCCCGCAAUGUAUCCCAACGCACAGAGUCUAACAUCCUAUCACCAAAGUCCUCGAAUUCCAGGACCUUUCCGCAAUCACCUUUGAAGAUGUCACCUACCAAGACACAGCAGCAAGAACCCUAUCAUAUCCGUGCCUUCUCCCCCAUCAAGCACACAAGCCCUACAAAACACAUGAAUUAUGCUGCUACUCCCGCUACCCCUAAGCUUAGGACCAUGAGGGGCGCAGCCGGGGUUCGCCGAGUAACCCCGCCCGACAACAGCUCUGACUCUGUACCUGGAAGGGUCAUCAGGCCAAAGAAGGCCAUGUCUGUCAAAUCGGCGCCAGCUGGCACAAGAAAGCCCCCCGCAAGGACAGCUACACGCCAAACCAACCGGCAAGUCAGUACCAGCACCACAUCAUCAAAUGCCUCAGCAGCAACUUCUGGAACGACAAUUGUACGCUCGGCGAGAACUGCCGCUACCAAGAAGGCUGAGGCUUCUAGCGCGUCAUCAAAGAAACCGCCGACUUCUAGAAGCCGGGCUGCCACCACGGCUACUUCAGCUACUGCUUCAACUGCCCGAAAAAUGACUGUUGCUGCUGCUAGAAAGGGCCAAGGAGUUGAACAGCCCGCUCCUGGGAGGAGAGUCCUUCGAAGCAGGGUCUAG